AAAAGAUCCUUUAUUUUAAUCAUUUCAAUAAUAUUUCAUUAAAUAUUGUAAACUGUAAAAAUGUGGCAAGACAAUUCAGUCAAAUUUGAUAUUGGUUUAUCUCAGAUGGAAUUAAGAUCGGGUGAACAUUUAAUUGAUAAAUUAGAACUAAUAGAAGAUACAAAAGGUAAUGCAGGGGAUCGCGGUAGACUGUUGGUAACCAAUCUCAGACUCAUGUGGCAUUCAAUUGCAUAUCCUCGUAUUAAUUUAAGUAUAGGCUUCAAUACUUUUGUUACUAUAACAACUAAAGUUAUUAAUACGUUAUAUGGAAGUACUAAUCAAGCGUUGUAUAUUUUAACUUCAUUUAAAAAUUGUCGGUAUGAGUUUGUAUUUAGCAAUUUGGACACCAGAAGUUCUCGACAUUAUACUUCAGUGAUGGGUGUUCAUAGAGCAUACAUUUCAUCAAAAAUAUAUAGAGAAAUUAAAUUAAGAGUAGGCAUCAUUAAUGAUAAAAGAUUAACUCUAUUACCACAAGAAAUUAUAAAUGAAACGUUACCAGGAGUUUGGAAUUUGUCAACAGAACAAGGCAAUGUCGGAACUUUUAUUGUUACUAACAUAAGGAUAGUUUGGUAUGCAGAAAUGAAUCAACAGUUCAAUGUGUCUAUGCCUUAUUUAACAAUAGCUAAUAUGAAUGUAAGGAAUUCGAAAUUUGGACCAACGCUCGUAAUAAACAGUACUGAAGCAUCUGGUUCUUAUAUCCUAGGAUUCAGAGUUGAUCCAGUUUCUAAAUUAUAUUCUCUACACAAGGAAUUAACGUCGCUUUACGCAGCAUACAACAAAUCACCAAUUCUAGGUAUUGAAUAUACGUUUGAACACCAGUCAGUUCCGCAACCUGAAUCGAUAACAGAAAAAUUUACUGAAAUCGAGUCAUGUGAAGAUGAAAUAUCAAAUGCUUUCAAUAUGUACUUCUCAGAAGGUGGUGUAAAUCAAAGAAAGCCAAUAUUAGCAACAAAUUUAGGACUUGCUGCUGAAGAACCAAGAGAAGGAAGUACUUUAGAAACGUUAUGGGAAUUACUUCCAUCUAAGUAAUAUGAAAAAUAUCUUGAGAUUGAUUACUGUAUAUAAAAUUUUUUUUAUCAAUAGAAAAAAAAGUAAUAUAUUACAUCACAUUAUAAUAAUUUCUUUUCAGUACUCUCUGUCUUCCUCUUCCUUUCUCCCUCCCUCGCUCACUCUCUCUCUCUCUCUCUCUCUCUCUCUCUCUCUCUCUCU